CUGCGGACUGUAGUGGACGGGAGGUGCGAUGGAUGGAUGCUUUGCCCCGCUACGUUUUUCAUGAUUUUUCUUGGAAUAAACAGGAUGCUCCUCCCUAGACAUCAGUCUCCCCUUAAUACACUCUGCACUGUUAUGGAGGGGUUCUAACUCGUAGCUUGGCGUUAAUAGAUGAUCAAGGAGCAAAGGAUUAACCCAAGCUGAGGCUACACAGCUAGCUCUUCUUUACUGUCUAACAUCACAUUCGUGUGUCUCCUGUCCCGGGAAUGUUCUCCAAAAAGCCUCAUGGGGACGUUAAGAAAUCAACACAGAAAGUGUUGGACCCAAAGAAGGACGUGUUGACGAGGUUAAAACAUCUAAGAAUUGUCAUAGAAAAUGCAGAGCCGGCUGAGUUGAAGCAGUUCUUCGACCUGAACUACUCUCAUAUCUAUUAUGUCUUCUUUGAGAACUUUGUCACCAUCGAGGUCAGCCUCAAGCAGAAAGGUCACAAGUCUCAGAGGGAGGAGCUGGACUCAAUCCUCUUCAUCUUUGAGAAAAUUCUCCAGUUGCUGCCAGAGAGAAUCCAAAGCAGAUGGCAGUUCCACAGCAUCGGUCUGAUCCUGAAGAAGCUGCUGCACACUGGGAACUCUCUAAAGAUCCGCCGUGAGGGCGUGCGCUUGUUCUUGCUGUGGAUGCAGGCGUUACAGAGUCAUGCGGAGCGCGAGCAACUCUGCAUGUUUGCCUGUUUGAUUCCUGGCUUUCCAGCUCCUCUCUGCCACGGGACCCCGCGCACACUGGACACCCUGAUCAACCCGCCUCUGAGUUUAACAGAGACUCAGGUGACCCCAGAAGAGAUCACUCCAUUGGUUCCUCCUCAGUCAGGUGACAAGAACCAGGAAGACCUCACUGCUUACUUUCUAGAAGCGCUCCUUAAAUACAUGGUAAACCAGGCCAAGUCUCUCGAGUGGCGUUGUAAAGACAACCACGAGCGAGGCUUCAACUUCCUCUUUGGUCACUUUAGGAAGUUUUACCUUCCUCACAUCUUUCCCAACUUCGCCAUGGAAACCAGCCUAUACAAUCCAAUACUAGACGUGCCUCCGAUGCGUCCCAAGCCAUAUUACAGCGUGCUGCGAAGGGAGCAAGAUGGCGGCGAGCCAAUGUACUGCACCAAGGAGAGCUUCCUUCAGGCCCGGGUCAUCUUCAUACGCUGGCUGGUGUCCUUCUGGCUCGAGCCACGACCUAACACUCAAACACAAAUCCCAGGAACAGAGGGGGAGAACGUGCCAAAGAACAUACAGCGAGCUGCAGCAGGGCUGGCGGCUCGCUCUGCAGGCAGCUCAGACGACAGCGGUGGAGGUGGGAUGCGGUCUGACAGCCACCUGGAGGGAAGUGGAGGCUCAUCUGGGUCGGGCGGAGGCAGCAUGGGGAUGUCUGGGUGUUCAGGGAUCGGAGGUGAACCCGAACAGAGCCACUCCAACACCUCCACGCUCACAGAGAGGGAGCCCAGCUCCUCCUCGCUCUGCUCCAUGGAUGAAGAGCAGCUGACUGACAUGGAGGUGGUGAGGAGGGUACUCACCUGCUCCAGAACCAACGUGAACUUCAUCACAGAGAUCUUCAGACAGGCGUUUCUCCUUCCCAUGUGCGAAGCCGCAGCGAUGCGUAAAGUGGUCCGUGUUUACCAGGAGUGGAUCUCCAUGGAGGACAGGCCAGUAUUUAUGAAAGAACCAGAGGAGGGCCCCUAUCCCAUAGCCACAGGCGGCAGUCUGGACUCAGGCUCUCAGCACGGAGACAAGGACGACGAGGGAAUGCACAAAGUGGUCGACAGUGAAUUGUUGGAGUACAGUGUUCAUGCUGGAGUUCAGACUACACUACAGGUAUUUAUCACCCACUCCUCAAACUGUUUCCUUUUGGAGCCAGCUAACGACAUCAAGAUCCUUUUAGAGGAGCAUGUGGACAUGUGCAAGCGAGUCCUGAACAUCUACCGAAGCCUCGUCAUGCACGAGACUAUGGACCAGAAGACAUGGGAGCAGAUUCUGUUAGUUCUGCUGAGGGUGACAGAGUCAGUGAUGAAGAGACCUCCAUCCAUCAUGCCCCAUGGGAAGAAGAGCACCACACUGUCAGGCAGGCUGGCUGGACCUAUAUUUCAGACUCUGAUAGUAGCCUGGAUUAAGGGGAACCUAAACGUCUACAUCAGCAGAGAACUGUGGGACGACCUCCUCUCUGUUCUGUCCUCUCUCACCUGCUGGGAUGAACUGGUCACUGAGUGGUCACUCACCAUGGAGACCCUCACCAAGGUGUUGGCCAGGAACCUGUACAGUGUGGAUCUGAACGAGCUCCCUCUGGACAAACUCAGCGAACAGAAACAGAAGAAACAUAAAGGAAAAGGUAUUGGUGCAGAGGGCCAACGGCAGAUAGUGGAUCGGUCAUUCUCCAAAGGAUGGAGCAGAGACCAACCAGGCCAAGCAGCCGCCAUGAGGCAGCGCAGCGCCACCACAGCUGGCUCACCAGGCAUCGAAAAGGCCCGCUGUAUGGUCCGCCAGAAGACUGUAGCUCUGCGUAGCUGUUCUACGGGGGACUCUCUGCUGUCCUCAGCCUUUAUCCGCAGUGCUAAGAGUGCUCCUGCUCUGGCUCCACCUCUUCCUGUCCUUCUUCACCACCACCACCCUUUACUACCCCCCCUAGCCGACCAGCUGGCAGACCUCGAGGACCCGCCAAUCACACUGACAUCCCGCACCUCUCGGAUGCGCCACUCCUCCCAGAGCGACGAGGCUCCGCCCACCUCCUGCUCCGAGGUCUUCCAGGUAGUGGCUUGUGACCUGGACCCCCCGGCACCCUCCUCCCUCGCUCGCAGCAGUGCCUCUGACAUCAUGGAGCCUUUCAUCGCUGAGCGGUCAAAGGUGAAGACCCCCAGGGGGAUCCACUUCAAUCCCAAAUCCCCCCAACACCACUCCACUACUUCUUUCUUACCUGCAGCCAACAGCCACGCAACUCAACCACUCCCACACACCCCCACUGCACCCUCACCCACCCCUUUUACCCCCUCUGACGGUGUUAUCUCCUUGUCCUCAGAGGGGCAAGAUGAUGGUAGUGUUUAUGACCAGUUCUGGCAGCAGAUUGGCUCUCGGAGUCAAGGUUCAGGUUCUGAUUGGGUUAGCGACUGGGAUUCCGCAUUCGCCUGCCCAUUUGAGAAGGAAACUGAUGUAGAAGAAGGAGAAACUGGGGCAGAGGAGGAUGAUUUGUUCUCUUCCAUUAGGGACUACCUCACUCAAAAAGGAGGUGAGAAGAAGGAGGGAGGAGAAGGUGACUUUCCUGGUUUAGUAGUAGAAAACAGUGUUGUAACUGUACCAGUGUCUGUGCAGACGGGAGUAGCAAGAACGCAAAUGGAAUACGCAGGGCAGGUAGGAGAAGCGAGACAGGUGGUGAGAGAGGACAGACAGGUAAGUAAACCUGUGAGGCACAGCAGUGUGGACUCGACAGAGGAGAAUGAGGCAGAGCAGCGGAGUAUCUAUGAGUGUCUGGAGCUGCAGUGUGAGUGGCCCUCGCCCAACUCUAAGGGGAGUGCUAGCUUAGAAAGACACAGCGGGGAGAAAAAGGGAGGAGGAGCCACAGGAAGGGAAGCAGGAUGGGAAGGGAAAAGUGAUGUGUGGAGAGAGACGGGAGAAGAAACACAGAACGAUAACGAGCCAAAAGAGAGGUCCAGUUCAGUUAGACAAGACCAGAACCCCAUAGAAUCCAGCACUGACUCAAACCAAACUUCUGACCCAACUAAAGCCAAAGUGUCUAGAAUCAUCAAGAGGCAUCAUUUGAGCGGUGUUCAUGUCAGUUUCAGACCCUCCACCGAGUCAGUCCAGUUUCAUAAUCCCCUUGAGAGUAAAGAGGCUCACUGGAAAGCCCGGCUGCGCCGCCUCAGUCACUUCCACACGCACAGCCACUCAGCAGGGGACAGGUCCGGGGCUGGAGCCGGUGCAGGGUCAGGGGCCAAAGCAGGAACAGGGGUUGCAGGUAAGUUUGUCUCUGCAGCCGGGCUCAGCCAUAGAGCAGGGGCGCAUGAGAAACUGGUUUCUGCUGUUGUAGAUAACAGCGUGGCAGUGAACGCAUCACUUUCUGGAGGCCUUGAAAACAGGGCUGGAACUGAAGGGGACUGGGACAAGCAACAUCCUGGGUCCAGUACGGGAUCCAACCCCGGUCCCGAGACUCACUCGGAGUCGUCGUCAAGCAGCUCGGGCUUCUCCGGCGUGUCGUCAGGGGUGCGUGGCCGUUUGGGACGUUCGGCCCUGCGAUCUCGAGCGUCUCGCUCCAGGUCCCAGGAGCCCGGCAGCGCUUCCUCCAGACACCACCAGGGGGCUCUCCUCGGUGGCGUCUACAAGAGCAUGGUUCACGCCCUGUCCUCAAAACCCCGGCCCAGAGGUCAGGGCUCAUCCCAGGGCUCUUCGCAGAGGCAGGGCCGGGCAGCCAUGGGCGACGCAUCGUUACGAGACCUCUACUCCCACGUCCUGGGCUACUUUGGACGAAAGACGACCCGCCAGGUCAAUAAAGAGGAAGUGGUCCAGAAGGCCCGUCCAGUCUCCAGCGACGUAGGAAGCAGCAACCCAAACUUCUCUGACCUCAUGGACGAGUUUAUCCAGGAGAGACUGAGGGCCAAAGGAACAGCAGGUCGCCGUGGCAGCAGCCCAGGAAGUCUGGAGGUUCCCAGGGACCUACCAGAGCUCCUGGAGGCGGGCCAGAGUCCUGGAUCCAGACCCUCAGAUGAUCCCCGUCCAAUCGAUGACCCGGGGGUUCCCUCCGAAUGGACAUCACCAGCGAGUGCCAGUGGCUCUGACGUCAUCAGCUCAGACAGCCAAUCAGACUCCUUUAAUGCCUUUCAGUACUCCACCUGCAAGUUUGAUAAUUUUACAUUCAGUUCAGAGGUCUGUGCAGGAGGAGCUGGAUCAGGUGGAGGCGGGGGAGGUCGAGGCAGCUCGCUGGACCAGGAUAGCCUGGGAGGGGGCGUGGCCUGUGACGAACAUGAAGUAGCCAGUUUGACAACACUACACCUCGACUCAGAGACCAGCAGCCUCAGCCACACUGUCACUGUCACUGGUUCUGAGAGUGCCUCUCCCAUGCAUUCUCUCGGGGGUUCUCGCUCUCAGACACCCUCCCCUGCCACGCUGACAGCAGAUCACACCGAUCACACACACUCCCACUCACACACACACCUGCAGCUGGACCAGAAGCUUCACAACUCGGUUCUGCAGACUCCAGAUGACCUGGAAACGAGCGAGUUCCCCAGCGAGGACUGCAGUGUGAUGGCGGGCGGCUCGUUAACCGGAUGGCACUCAGAUGUUGCCACGGUAAUGUGGCGAAGGAUGCUUGGUAUCCUAGGGGACGUCAAUAGCAUCAAAGACCCAGAGAUCCAUGCUCAGGUCUUUGACUAUCUGUGUGAGCUGUGGCAAAACCUGGCCAAGAUUAGAGAUAAUUUGGGAAUUUCUCUGGACAAUCAGUCAUCACCUCCUCCUCCUGUUCUGAUCCCGCCCCUGAGAAUUCUCACUCCAUGGCUCUUUAAGGCCACCAAGCUGACAGAGCGUUACAAGCAGGGGAAGCUUCACGCCUACAAGCUGAUUUGCAGAAUAAUGAAGAGAAGACAAGAUGUUUCCCCAAACACAGACUUCCUCACACAUUUCUACAACAUAAUGCACCAGGGACUGAUGCACCAAGACCAGGACAUUGUGAACACAAUCAUAAAACACUGCAGUCCCAGGUUCUUCAGUAUUGGACUACCUGGAGCCACAAUGCUGAUCCUGGACUUCAUCAUUGCAGCUUCCAGAGUCACCGUCUGCUCCUCGCUCAACGCUCCGAGGGUAGAGGCCCAGAUCCUGCUGGGUUCUUUGGUGUGUUUUCCAAACUUAUAUGGGGAGCUUCCCGCCCUCCAUCCCACCACAGCUGACGUGGUGCUCACCAAGUUCCCCGAUGUCAAGGAGCACAUUAUCAAAACCAUCCUGACCUCUGCCAGAGAGGAACCCUCUGCUCCUGCGAGGUGUGUGGCUCUGUGCAGUCUGGGGAUCUGGAUGUGCGAGGAGUUGGUUCAUGGGACUCAACAUCCGUUGAUUAAAGACGCUCUCAACGUCCUCUGUGUCACUCUGAAGUAUCCCAAUAAGAAUGUGGCACUGGUGGCGUCGGACAUCCUUCACCUCCUGAUCAGUCAUGUGGAUCAUCUUCAGAAAUUCCCCCCCGACACUCCAAAGAAGAUCGUAGAGAUUUUAAUCGCCACCAUCACAUACCUGCUGCCUACCACCGAGACUUCUCCACAUGAGCUGGACAAGAGGCUGGUGGUCUCCCUUCUGUUGUGCCUGUUGGACUGGGUGAUGGCUCUUCCUCCUAAAGCUCUUCUUCAGCCUGUUCAAACACGAAGCCCCCCAGAGAAGGACCAGCCCACCAAGACUCUGCUCAGCUGUAUUUAUAAGGUGUUGCAUGGCUGUGUGUAUGGAGCGCAGUCUUUCAACAGUCCCAAGUAUUACCCGCUGCAGCUGUCGGACCUGCUGAGUCCAGACUACGACCCCUUUCUGCCAUUAGAGAGCCUCCGGGAACCAGAACCUCUGCACAGCCCGGACUCUGAACGCUCCAACAAACUCCAGCCCGUCACUGAAGUGCGUAGCCGUAUCCAGCAGGGCCUUGUUUCCAUUGCAGCCAGAACAGUCAUCACACACUUGGUCAACCAUCUGGGACAUUAUCCAAUGUCUGGAGGGCCGGCUACUCUUUCCAGCCAGGUGUGUGAAAACCAAGACAACCCCUUCUGUGAGAGUGCAGAUCUUGGACCGGAGCUUUUCCAUUCACCAAACCUCCAGUUUCUGGUAUUAAAUGGAUCCACACUGCUCUCAGUGUAUCAGAUCCGAUCAGAGUCCGGCGUACCAGGAGGCGGAAUGACCGCUGGAUUGUCUUCUGCUCCCGCCUGCGUCCGCGUCAUCAUCCGAGAUGUGGCCGGCAAGCACUCCUGGGACUCUGCUGUCCUCUACGGGCCUCCCCCAUGUUCCCCCAGCAGCCCGACACACACAUUUUUCCCACACACACAAUCGCCUCACAGUGCAAAUAUUAAUUUACGUACUCCUCCAGGAGGUCGACCAAAAAGAAUAGAGGUGAAGAGAGAGGACAGCGAAGAGGAGGGGUCAGAGGAGAGGGAGGCAGAGGAUGGAGAAACAGGGAUGGAGAGUGAACGGCUAGAGGUAGAGGAUGAAGAAGAAGAAGAGGAAGAGGAGAGGAAUGUUAGAGAGGAGAAGGGAGAGGAAAGAGGAGGUGAAGAGGAAGAGGGGGAGCAGCAGCAGCAGGAGGAGGAGGAGGAGGAGGAGCUUAAUGAGCAUAGGAUGGAUGGUGAGGAGGAGCAAGGAGAGUCAGGCUUCCAACAGAUUCUAGCUCCCCCAUUGGCUAAACGGGUGUGUCGGGAGGCGGUGCCGGCGUGGGACUCGCUGGCGGAUGGAGAUGAUGCACUGGAUGAGAUGCUGCAGUACCUGGGAUACUCCAGCCCCGAGUGUCUACAGAGGGCAGGGAUGCCACUCAACAUCCCAGCGCCUCCUCCAGUGUGUGUUUCAGAGAAGCAAGAAAACGAUGUGAUCAACGCCAUCCUGAAACAGAGCGCAGCAGAAAGAGAGUUUGUCCUUCAUAGAGGUGAGGAGUUGAACAUGAGGGCGGUGCAGCAGACUGAACCAGAGACUCAGACACCACAGUCAGCCUUCUACUACUGCAGACUACUGAUCAACAUACUGGGACUCAACUCCUGGGAGAAGAGGACUAACUUUCAUUUGUUGAGGAAGAAUGAGAAGUUGCUGAGAGAGCUGAAGAACCUGGAUUCUCGGCAGUGCCGUGAGACUCAUAAGAUCGCUGUGUUUUAUGUGGCUGAGGGUCAAGAGGACAAACACUCCAUACUUACCAACACAGCGGGCAGCCAGUCUUAUGAAGACUUUGUGUCUGGACUCGGCUGGGAGGUUGACCUCACCACUCACUGUGGCUUCAUGGGAGGUCUUCAGAGGAAUCGCAGCACAGGCCAGACUACCCCUUACUACGCCAACUCCACCACCGAGGUCAUCUACCACGUCUCCACCCGCAUGCCCCACGACCAGGACCACAACCUCACCAAGAAGCUGAGACACCUGGGGAACGACGAGGUCCACAUCGUUUGGUCAGAACAUUCCAGAGACUACCGCCGCGGGAUCAUCCCCACUGAGUUUGGAGACGUGUUGAUCGUCAUCUACCCCAUGAAGAAUCACAUGUACUCCAUCCACAUACUCAAAAAACCUGAGGUGCCAUUCUUUGGUCCUCUGUUUGACGGGGCCGUUGUGGACAUGAAGAUUUUGCCAACCAUGGUCCGAGCCACAGCUAUCAACGCUAGUCGGGCGCUCAAAUCCCUCAUUCCCCUGUACCAAAACUUCUAUGAGGAGCGUGCCCGAUACUUGGAAACCAUCGUGCAGCACCACCAGGAGCCGACCACAUUUGAGGACUACGCAGCCCGAGUCUACAGUCCUGCUCCCUGCACACACCUGCCCUCUGACACAGGCUCCUGCCUAGAGAUUCUUCGGGGAGAAAGUCCGGCUCUUGGGGAGGCCGGGAGCGACUCGGCGUCCCCCAUGUCCCCUCGGACUAGCAAGAGCCGCAUGUCCAUGAAGCUGCGACGCUCCUCUGGAUCAGCCAAUAAGACUUAAGAUUCUUCAGACUACACAGACACUUCAGCAUGAGACACUUAGCUCUUGAAAACGGUUUCUCCAGAGGAAAAUCUGGUCCCAUAUUGAACAAUUGUAGAUGACACAUUGAAUUUAAUGGCAGGUGUUUAACAAAGUUCUGAACAAACAUUGGAAACGCUUUCUAAUAGUAUUCUGUAGACUGUAUAAUACCAUGAAUUUAUUCUGAAACUGCUCACUACUUCUGAUUUUAUCCUAAACUUUGCUGUCUCAAAACACUUGAACCAGUAAGGUGCUACAGCAUGCUGAACCAGUGCAGCCUAAGCAGUGCAGUAUUAGUUCUUAAUAAUCUGUGCCAUGAUAGAAACUGCUCAAAAUGUAAAACGUCAGUGUGACAAGGACUGCAAAAACUUUAGUGCGCUGGAGAUGAAAAGAGAAACAGAAAGGCUUCAGAACACCGCUGUGGAGAAUCUGUAUAUUUGUACUGUAUAGUUGCUGCAUGUGUGUACAGAAACAUGAGUUUUGAUACUUACAGAAUGAAAUCAAGAGAGUUGCACAGAGAAAGAAAGAUUUAAAAAAAAGUCUAUUUUUGUUGUCAGAGCAGGAAACAGGACAGAGGGUCAUUUUCUUUUCAGUCCUCAAUGUAAAUAGAAAAUUUCAUUUUGCUAACAACAAAAAAGUUACUGUUUUUUGUUUUUUUAUGUAGAAACACUCUGAAGCCCCAAAAUGUUCCAGAAGAAAAUCCCUUCCUGGAGUAAGUGGGACUGAAAGAUGACCCUGUUGAGAGGAACAGUGUUAGAGUCUCGAUUUCUACAAAGUAAACGGGAUAAAUUGAUCAAAGUGGAAGCACUUGUUAUAUAUAGUUUAGGUUUUUUUUUUUGCUCAUGCUGUAAAAUGUUCUGAAGCACUGAUGUUAUUGAGUCUUUUUCUUUUUGUUCAUUUUUUGAAGACGUAGCUGUUGAAUCUGUUUCGACCCGGAUAAGAACAUUGCUGUAUUUCAGUGUCACUCCAUCAUCUGAUACAAUGGAACCACAGCUUUCCUUUCUUUUUGUAUUUUGACUUUAUGUUUUCUGUAUAUCUAUACAUGUAUGAGUAUAAAUAUAUAUAUAUAUAUAUAUAUAUAGUAGAUAUAUGAGUAUCUUUAUGAAUGUGUACAGUGUGAAAAGGCUUGUUGUGUAAAUACUCUUAUAUGAGAAUAGCUGCCAAAGCCAAACUGUGGUUUAACCUCAGACAGCAUAUCUGCUUCAAAUAUGUUGACACUACAUGAUUUUAUGCUUCUGUUAUUUUCUUUUUGUUUUCUUGGAAUUCAAAGGUUUUUUCAUUGCAGAUUAAACCCCCUUCUCUGUGUUUGUAUAUAAAUAACCUUAGCACCAGAUUGGGCAAUUCAAAGAGAAAGAUUUCAUCUUCUGUGUUUAAACAUAUUGGCAUGUUAAGAGGAGGAUGGAUGGUGUAAAAGUGUAGUAGAACCAACUACAAGCCAAAAAUAGGAGAAAGGAGAGUUCAUCAUAUCUCCUAGAGGUGAAAGGUUUUGUGUUUCUUCUUUUUUGUUUUUCACUCCUCGUGUAUUUUGACUCGUCCCCCCAGCUCCAGUUUCUGAUGGAGGGGGAUUAGCAUGUGAUCCAGAAAGUUUAACACUACCAUAGAUGACUUGUAUGUAUUUAACACCAUCAUUUCAGCUCUGUCAGUUCAACUCAACUCAAAUAAAACUGGCAAGGACUCCAAUUAGCUCACAUGGUUCUUACUUCAGGUUUUUCUUAACACUGUUAGAGUUUGGUUUAUAAGGAGUCAACAUCCUUCCAUUUAUUUUAAUGAUGGCUUGUUUUUCUUACAUCUCCAUUAUUUUUAUUUUAGCUUUUUUUUUUUUAAAUGUAUUGAGCUUAGCUGCUUUCACUUGGUGUAUUCACGGCUGUCUCUUCUGUUACUGAUGUUUGUUUGUUUUUUCAGCCAUAGCUCUUUAGAGAGGAAAGGGAUUUUUUUUUUACUCUGACCCCUCUCUGGGUUGAAAUUUAAAGUUCACUUAACUAAACUUUGCCGUUAUAGUUUGAGGUAAAAGUCACGUGUCACUGUGUGGGAAUAUUUGAAGUCAUUUAAGGUUUAAAGGUUGCCUCUUGAAAUUGUUGCUGUUACACUUAGUAUUGAUGAGGUUGAAGCACAGUUGAUUAUUUGAGGCAGUUGGUAGAGUAGAGUCGACCCCCUGCACUCUCAGACAGAUCUCUACACGCUCGCCUGCAAGUCACACACUGUGUCGCAGUGUGUGUUGGAUCUCUGUGCCAGUAGCUACACCUCACAGUUAUAUACUUCAGGAUUAUUUCAACUGCAAACAAACAUAACGGGAGUCAUGAUUCUGAUUUUAGAUCUGAUUAGAAAAGAUAGGAAGUUUACUUUAACAUUUGUUUUACAGACUCAGGAGGUUUCAGAGCAUGAAAUUUGGACCUCUUGUCUGAACUGAGCUGAAAUGUACGCCCCUUUAAUUUUUCUUUUUAAACCCUGAAGAAGCCACAAUGAACAAAGACGCUGAUAUACCCAAAGCGUUUAAAAAAUAUAUAUAUUAAAGUCACAUCAGCUACACUCCAAGCUCUGCCUGGAGGAUUGUUAAGUAGAAUUAUUUUUCAGCCUUUUUCACCGGGAUCAUUGUUGUCUUCUGCAGGCAUAUUAACCACGGAAAGAAAGCCCUUCAUAUUGAAACAUUAGGAACUUCUGAUGCUCUGAACAUGCAGCCGUGAUGGAUACGGGUUUAGCUGUUGUCCAGAUGUUUGUUUGGGACAAAGCUGAUGUUUGUAACUACUGACUGUACAUACUGCAUGAUACCCGUUCAGUACUAUCUGCAUGUGUUUAAUAACAGCUGUAUCACAAUACAUACAUACACAUACACACACACACACUCCUCAAACGAUGUUACUGUCAGACCUGUAGUGUGAACACAUUCAGUGACUCUUUUUGGAAACAGAGAGUGUAAAUGUGUGAUGAUGGAAUUUGACAAUAAACGAUUCCUACCACUGACA